AUUUAACUACAUUAUUUUUAGCAAGUAAUAUUGAACAAAGAAAUGAGCAAGAAUCAGAAUAUGAAGAAGUAGAACAUGAAACAGAACAAGAAAUAGAUAAUGAGGAGAUAGAUUCUUCUGAAGAAGAUAGUGAAACUGAACAAGAAAAUAAUUUUGAAGAUUUAUCUUCGAUAAAAGAUACUGGACUACUUGAUGAUAUAGAAAUAGAAGAUAAUGAUAUUGAAGAAGAAACAAUUUUGAGCUUUAAAG